AUGUAUAAUGAUUUAUUAAAAUUAUUUGAGAAUGAUAUUGAAACAAUAAAAACUAGUAAGAAAUCUAAUACACCUUCUGAAACUGAACAUAAUGGACAAAAACAUCGUUUUCGAAAAGUAAUGCCUGUUAUAGUACAACGGCAAUCUAAUAUUGAUAUAAAAGAAAUUAAUCAACGUUUUACUAGACUUGAAUCAUCGAUAAUAACAUUAGCAGAAUCAAUUGCGAAAUUAUCUACACAAGUUCAAAUGCAACGUGUUAUUAAAGAUGAUCUUUGUCGUUUACACGAAGAGAUUGCUGAAUUUCGUCAACAAUUAUCUCAACAAAAAUCUUCGAUACCUACAAAUGUACAAAUAUCACAUUUAAUAACAGCUAAUAUUCAACAUCUUGCUGCUUUUAAUAAUAUAAACCCCAUAAAUAUUUCUACAUCUUAUCAACCUUCAAAUUCAAUUAUUCAUCCAAGACAAGCACGAAAAAUUGAACAAUUUUUUGGUAGAGAAGAAAUGCUUCGUUAUUUUCUUAGUUUAUUAAAUUAUGAUGAAUAUAGCUCCAUACUUGAACAAGAAAAAAUAGAUUUCUGUGAAUUACCAUUUAUAGAUGAAAGAAAAUUACAAGGAUCUGAUUUGAAAGCACAAAAAUGUAAGUCGAAACGUGAAAUACCUAAUGGUGAUGCUCGUGUGAUAUUAGGAAUUUGUGAAAUAGAUCAAGCUUUGAUGAGUAUAUCAUAUCCAGAUAUACAUUCUUUAAAUAUGUUCAGAAAACAAGCAUUAGAUAAACAUAAUGAAUAUCGUAAAAAAUAUUGUUCACAAUUAUUAUUAGUAUUAAGUGAAAAUCGAAAUGAAAUUUCUCAACAUUAUGCAGAUAGCUCAAUUACAUUUGUUGAGACACCACCUAAUUAUAUUGUAAUUAGAAUGGAAAAUUUAUAUUAUCAAACACUUAAUUAUAAAUUACAACGUAAAUAA